AAUAAUAAUUAUAUCAUAUUUUAUUAUAAAAUUUCUUAAUAUGUGAUAUUAUUAUUUAAAAAAUGUUACGAUUAACACAAAAUCUAUCGUUAUUAUGGUUGCUAUGGCUUUUAUUUUAUAAUUAUUGUUGUCAUGGCAACAAUCACAACAAAUCUUUUAUGAACAAUGAAUAUUUUCAUGAAUUAAAUCAUGAUCUAUAUACUGAAUCAUUUAAUUCAAUGAAUCAUUUCUUUAACAAAAAUGUGUAUACAAAUUUAAAAUUACCUCAAAGUAAAACAUCAUGUACAAAUGACUUACUUAAUAUUAUAUUGGGUAUAUAUGAAAAGAAAAGUUGGGCAUUACAAUGGUUAGAUGCUACAACACAUCCUCCAUCAGGAAUUCUAGGUGGUGCUGUACAUUGGGUGGGAAGUUAUGAUGUAUGCCUUAAAUGUUUAGGAUAUCAUUCAACUGGAAAUGAAGAACCGAAAUUUCAUGGAUCAUAUUGUACUAUGGUAUUUAAUAUGAAUACUUCUAUAGCAAUUAUUCCGGAAUUAAGAAUGUCCAUUGGAUUAUGUAUGCCUAAUACUUGUACUAGUGAAGAGGUUAGAAGUAUUAUCAAUACAACUGCGUAUUAUCUCUUACUUAGAUUGAAUCAAAAGGAAAGUUUUUGUCAUCGAUUUGUUGGUGAUGUUCAAAAAGACACAUGGUAUUACAUAGCUAUAUCAAUAUGUUCAGCAUUAACUAUCCUUGUGAUAAUUGCCACAAGUAUAGAUAUGUUUUUAUACAUUAAAUGGUAUCAUAUACAACAUUUAAACAAGUAUAUUACUGAAAUAAAUCAUAUCUCCGAAAGAAACUCAAUUGAAAAUGUAAAUCAUAUAGAAGAACAAACAUAUCGUUUAUUAGAAUCAGAUGAUAUUAUCCAUAAUGAUCAAGAACUGGAUAGUGUGAGGCUAAUUGAUGAGAAAUACUCGACAACAUUCAAUGAAUAUAGAGAAAAUUGAAAGGUUUCAGUCAACAACUACUGUUACUAUUGGAUAAAUGAUUAGUGAUGUGACGUAUAGUACAAUCUAGGAUAUUGACCUGAUUCGAUGUGUUAGAAAUUUGAAAACUAGAAUAUAAUGUGUAACUUAAUGUCCGCCAGAAUGUUUCAAAUGAAGACACUGAAUUAUUGAUUAUGAUUACAGACUAAUGAUAUGUUACUUUUAUGACUAAGAAUGAGGAUUUAUAAUAUUGUACUAAACUGAUUAAGUUAUUUUACAACUGAAAUAUGGUUUAUUAAUGAUCAGUCUCCAAAUUUGAUAAAGUUCUAGAUUUGUUAUUGCCAGAGAUCUUAGAUUAUACAGAACGAUCAUAUUGGGUAAAUCAUAUAAGAACCAACUGUAAAAAGAACGGAUGGACACAUUUAGAAGUAUUAAAAUAGUGUCACGUUGAGAAAGCAAGGAAAGAUGAGCGAACUAAAGACAAAUGCUCAUGUCAUUGGUUAGUUACAAUGAAAUCAAAAAGAAUAGUACCAUGUAAGUCCUAGUUGAUCCUAUUCAUUUAUAGACUCUAGUUUCUGAUUACAAUUAUAUUAUGGAUCCAUCCUGAAAUUCCUCAGCUUUAGAUAUGGCUUAUGCGAUUCGAGAAUGUAUUUAUGGAUUGAUUUAAUUUACUUCAAGCUAACCAGACGCAAGAUAUCUCUGUAAAUCAGUCCCAAAUGGCUUGGCAUAUAUAAGAUAUGUCCUAACUGAUUUUGUUGGUGAUGAUUCACUGUCACAUUAGGAGAAUGACAACCUCAACCAUCUCAAUACCCUACAACAAAACUCAGAACCACCUGAGUAAUCAUAGGUCCAGUGCUUUGAAGAUAGUGGUUUUACGAUAUUAACAAGUCACUAAGAUCUAUUUUCAUUAACCAAGUUUCAUAGGUGAAAGUAAUACAAAGUGAAGUGAUGUGCAGAGUGCUCGCCAUUUAGUAGGUGAACAGAUACACUGUCUAUUCAAUAGACAACCCAAGCUAGAAAAGCUGAAUGACUUCUGAAUAAAGAUCCCAUGUCUUCAGAUUUAAACAAAUAAUUAUUUCAUUCCCACUACACUGGCUUAAUUUACAGUUAUAUACUUGAAGGAAAUAAUUAGGAACCUUUGUAAUAUAAAUUUGAAUGCACAUCAGAGAUUUCUUAGAAACUGUUUGGCCCUACUGAUUCAAACGACAUUUAGCUGUUGCCUACUAACAGCACAUUAUGAAUUAGUAUUAUCCUUAGUGUUGUGCCUUUCGAAAUCGUUAACUAUUUAUGUUGAUCACUUCAGGGUCAGUCAGUCAGUAACAACGUAGAACUUCGUACGUACGUACAUCAGUUCGAGUUGCCAUACCACAUUAGCACAGAUAUGCAGUUGUCGAUUCAAAUUCCAUAGUGGUAGAGGUGGUAAGAGUAUAAGCAGAAAUCGGAAAGACUAGGGUUUGAAGAUGUUAUUCAAGGAGUAUAAUACAGUGAAAUAAAUUGGGAAAGAGAAAAAAGAGAGACAGAGAGAAUUCAGAAGAUUAGAAUUUGGGAGAACACAAAGAGUGCGUGCGCCUGCGUCAUUGCAAACGAUUUUGAGCCAUGUCAUUCAGGGUCUCUAACCAUCGAUUGCUAUCAUCUCGUGGAUUCCAACCGUUUAGUCUACACCAACCAACAUGGCUCAGUGCACUUGUAACUGACGUCAUGUAUUUGUGCCAUGUUUUGGCCUGGCCGCCCCUAGCUUUCUUCCGAUCUAUUCCUAUACAACAAGACAUCGAGGCAGUCGGUGGUUGCGCAUACGUAACACGUGUCCCAGCCAUCUCAAGUGAUGAAGUUUCACAAAUUCAUCGAUCGAUUUGCCAUCCUUACCUAGUACCCGUUUCCUAACAACUGCAUUACUUACUCGAUGGUCCCAGGAUAUACGAGCAAUGUUUCGAAGACACCUAUGAUCGAAUACUAGUAACCUCCGAAUAUCCUCUACUCUUACCGGCCAUGUUUCACUUCCAUAAAGUAGGACGGAACAAACUGCCGCGCAGUAAACACGUCCUUUGGUUGAUAGACGAGUAUCUCGCCUAAGCCAUAAAUGAAGCAAGUUGGCAAAAGUUAGUCGAGCCUUCUGUAUCCGUGCUGAGAUAUCGUCACGCCAGACUUCGAAGAUAAGUGAGGCGGUCGACACGCUCAAUUACUUCACUCCCUGUCAUUAGUUCGGGUGUCGAUGCAACCCAAUCCUGAAGUAACAUUUUGCAUUUCGAGGGAGAGAGUCGCAUGCCGAACAUGCUUGCAUUGUUGCUUAGAGUGUUCAGAAGACUCUGCAUUUUGUCAGCAUCUUCAUUUAUAUUAAUAAAUUCUAAUAAUGACAAAUUGUAUAAACUUUAACUUUGGAACUCUUAUUAUAUAAUUUUAUGUUUGCAUCUGGAUGACUACACAUAUAUUUCAUAUCACUGACUUGGAUUCGUAUAAAAAACUGAAUACAGUACCGUCGGGGAUGGGGAUUUCAAGUGUAAUCUAAAUGCUCUAACUUUUAACAUAUAAUAUGCCUGGGUCUUCAGCUAGGAAGUCCUAAUUUAAUACUUACUCUCUAAUUAGAUAUAAUGGGAUUCACCAGUUUUUUGGUUGACUUUUCCUUAGGUGUAUUCUUUCAACGCAAAGUACCUCAGUUAAUGUGCAUCCAAAACCCUAAUAAUUUAAGUGAAAUUUGCUGCUGAAAACACUGUGUUGAGCGAUCACUAAACAAUAAACAUUUCCAACAAAUUUGAGUACUUUGAAACUCUAUUGUUAGCUGGUUACCCUUCAUAUAUUUUGGUUUUCUAUAAACAUUCCUCGAUAGAAUUUCUUUAGCUAUUAAAAGAAAAAGGUUAUUAAGUUUUUCCAAUCACUAUUACCCUUUUGGUCAUUAUCUGACUGAAAAUUUAACUACUUAUCGUCGUACUUAGUCAUUGCACUGUUCAUUUCAACAACCACUCAGAAGAUAUCUGUUUCCAGGAAUUUAAAUAUUUAAUUUUAGGUGGUUAAUAUUUGUGUUAUACAUGUUUAGACUAAUAAACCAUAUAGUUGUAGCUAACUUAAUUUUGUUUAAUUCUUAGAAUCACCAGUGUAAGCAAUUUGGCUUUAUAUUGAACUGUUAUUAAUGUUAAGUGGUUAAAGUCUACUUGUUAGAAUCGAAAACGUAUAUUUCACGCCAGUUGGUAUUUAUUGAUAAUGCAUAUAUAUAACCACGAAGAAUUCCACUAGUAAGAAUGAUUGAUUUUCAUAAUUUUAGUCCACUAACUAAUAUUAGUUAGACUACCAAUUGAAACUUAGAAGUACUAGACAGCCCUUCCCUUCUCUUACGCGACUUUUCAACGGUUCUCAUCUACAACCACGAAUCCAGGAGCUAAACUUAUGGCCUUCGAUCAUGCGCUCGAGCAUUUAAACUUUAGACUACUGAAGAAGCACCCAAAUGUAACAAUAUCAAUUCACUGUAUUGAGUAACCAUCAUCCAUUGCGUAAUUCACAUCUGACAUGGUUUUGCCCUACUGGUUAUGGCCUCACACUAGAACUACAGGAGUUACAUCUUGAAGCUAAUAAGUAGUGACCUCCUGAUUGUUACAAAUAUAUAGAGAGUUUAUGAUUUACAAUAUGAAGAUUCUAUAAUUUCCACCGAUCCUCUUAUACUUUAAAUUGUUGGAAUAUUGAUCAACUUACGAUGAAAUUCAUUUUCAUACUCUGUUAAUAGUGUAAAUUAAUUGUAAAACCGACAAUUGCAGCAUGUCUACCUCAUUUUAUAGCAUUAUUUAUUAUGGAUUUAUGUAAACAUAAUUCUAACCAUAGUUUAUAUGAAGUGAUCUAACGACAGUUUAAGCAUAUUUGAUAUAUUACUAUGUUAUUGUAUCAAAUACUCAUAUUGUAAAGUAUUAAAUGAUAUCAUUUUCAUUGAAAUGAUCUAAAUACCGGAUGUUCUUUGUGUCAAUGUGAAUUAAGUUUUACUAUUCAUGAUCUGAUCAGUUUUGAACUAAACAGUAAACUUUUCAAAUCAUUUGAUAACACUAUUGAAAUUUUGCAUGGUUUUUAUUAAACUAAUAACAGAAUUGUACUGUUUAUUCAUUGUUAAGUAACGUUACUCCAAAUAUUUGUGUGGUAAAUGAAGGUAAUUGUGAUUACAAACAAUAGAACUGUUUGUUGUGUACUGAAGCCAAAUAGAUUAGACAUUCUGAACGUUUAAAGUAAAUCUUGGUCACUCAUAUUGUCAAGAGUUAUAUUCCUUCAGUUUACUUCAAUAGUUUUAUUGCAUAAACACAAUUACAUGUUAGUGCUUAGAUCAUAUUUAGCUGUAUGUAACCCAUAGUAACUCUAUGUCAUUAACACAGAAAGUUUGUGGAGAUUAUUCACUAUCAGAAUGGUUUGUAUCACAAACUGAUUUUAGCUAGACAACUGAUAAAAAUAAAGGGGUUAAAGUCAGCCACUGAAGUAAAUGACAAAUAAAACAGUUUUCAUAAACGUCCUACGCAUAAAAUUAUCGUGCAUUUACUGGUAACUUCUGAAAAACAUUCCAGCUAAAAGUCAUGAUCUGUGAAUAGUAAUGGAUGAAUGUAACACAAUAUCACGAAUUGACUAGAACUGAAGUCGUGGACAAAUGAUUCUUAGCGUUAUAGUGGUUACUCACUCCUGUGAGGUCCACUCUAUAACAAAACAUUAAUCCAGCAGCCUUUAGUUUUGAAUAUUUAUCUGGGUCAAGUCAGUCGAUACUGAUAAAUAUUUGUUGUCUGUUAAAUCCAUUUUACUUCAGUUAUUACUCUGUGCACAAGAGUUAUGACAGCAAAUCUGAAGAAUGACACCUCAAAUUGCACGUAGAUAACAAGAUUCUAUAAAUUCACUAUAUCUGUUUGUAAUGUCUUCAUUCCACUAAAAUAGUGGGCUUGACGUGAUACACCAAAAAGUGUUAAUUUAAACAAAUCUAGUCGACCAAAGAAGUAGAAAGUGAACAGAACUGAUGGAUUGUGGCUUGUAGUGAGAUACAUGACUUGAGGUUUGUCCUAUUUGGGACACGUUAGUUGGAUACAUUUAAAUCCCAAAAUUAUUGUUCACAACAUGAACCAAACCAAGUACCUUUCGCCUACAACUUCAAGGCGUUAUCUACUAAGCUGCUGACUCCAAAUAGCCGCUAAGUUGUUCAGCGUGUUUGGUGUUUCUAUCAUUACUAGUAAGGGAAAUUCAAUCCUGAGCAUCAAUAGUGAGAUAAAUCAAAAAACCCUGUUAAAUAAACUGUCAUAAAAAUAAGAUCAUUAGGUAAUGUUUACUCUAAUCAAGGUCAUGAGGGCCAUGAUUAAAUCUCUGUCAUUUAAAUUCCACUCAUAAUCUACUUGUUAUUACUUUCGAACAAAAGAGAGUGAUUCAACAAAGACAUCUCCUUACCACUUAUUCAUUUUCUAAGUCGUACAAUCAAAGAUAUAUGAGAUUUCGAUAAAAGUAUAGUAUACAGAAGAGCUAAUCAAAAUCGAGAACAUGACUUGUAGAUUUUUGCCUGAAUUUCAACCAUCAUGUAUAACGAAUAGCACAAAUUCUUUUUUAUACUUCUCAAAACUUUUGAGAUAAUGGCGAGAAACUAUUUUUUCAACUAUAGAAGUAAUAUGAUAGUGUUAAACGUGUCGAAUAUCUAAUUCUGUCUCUAUAUAUUGUAUAAAACAGGCAAAUCGACAUUGUAACCAAGUCCUCACCCUUAAUUCUGAAACUAAUCUGUUCGUGGUGGAACCAGGUGUGGAUGAAACAAUCAAACAGAACCCCUCAUAUUUCCGAGCAAAGUUCAUUCAUAUGUCUACAGAAUAUUUUUACAUUGUAGCUGAUAUGAGUUUGUGAUGGAAACUCUAACCUUUAACCCUAUAUUUCUAACCCCAAAUAGAAACAACGUGGGAAUUCUUAAAAAUCUAUUUGGAUUAUUUUAAGAGUUCAAGAAUAUAGACAAUUUGUAGCCGUAAGAACGAGCUUAUACGUCGUUGUUUUUCCUAUUUACAGGUAGUGUAACCUAUUAAAGACACUAGUAGACUUAAUAAUUGACUGAAAUCUAUUUGAGAUUUGUAAUAUUAUUAUUUUUCCCCAUAAAAUAGCCAUUCGUAAAAUCUGUUUUCUGAUGGACUUGGAACUAGGCGGAAAUUAGUCACAGUUGUUUUAUUCUCAUCCCUAUACUGUAGUUUAACCAAAACUUUUAACAACGAUAAUCUGUAAUAAGUUUUUAAAUAAUAAUAUUAGGUUACUGUAAAAAGGAAUAACGCUGAAUAAAGUACAAAAGUGUAGGAUUUUUAAUCAAAAACUGCCAUAACUAAUUUUGAUUAAUUUCACUCAUUAUUUUAAAGUAAUAUAUUCAAAUGUUCAAUAGAUAUGUUAUGAUGGAAGUAACGACAAAUUUAAAGUGAGAAAACUGAACAAGUUCAAGAAAUUCUGUUGAAUUCUAACAGCUUUUACAUUUUCAACAGGGUAAAAAACUGAGUUUUCUAAGAAACGUCAGGAACCAACAACAUAGAUAUUGUUAAAAAUAAUCUGAGUCAAUACGUCUUCAAUAUCUUUGAGCAUGGGUGUAAUUAUUGCAUCACUAUUGAUUUGUUUUAUUUUAAUCAAAAAUAAUCAACUUAGCUGAUAGUUUUAUGAAAUCAACCAAUCAAAUACUAAAUAUCAUUCACAAGUUUACAGUAUUCAUCAGAAUCUUUUGAGUCAUAACAUCUUUGGUUAUGUUAUGGAAUGGAGCGAAGUAUAAUCUUAGGAGAAAAAUAUGAUUCUUUCCAGCUCAACACAUACAUAUUACAUUAGUUUAAAGAUUUUGUCAUGGAACCUAUCUAUAAUAUAUUCUUGAAAUUUUGAAGUUUUUAUCUCAAUAAUAUAACUGUGGUGCGUGCUACUUAUAUUGAUAUAAGUAGUAUAUGACGCGAGUCAGGAAUGUAAUGUCUGGCAGCGGAAGAUGGAGAAGAUCAAGAAAGGAAGAGCAGGAAUAGAAAGCAAUUAGUAUGGAAAUGCAAGAACAACGAAGUUCGAGACAAUUAUUGAACAUUUUGCAAAUUAAGUAUUAUAGUAUGGUUUUUCUUUUUUACCAAGUAACUCUGUAAUUGUUUACUUAAUCUAAUUCGGUUGUCCUCACCCGUGUUCUCCUUCACUACGCAACUAGUAACUAAAAUAAUAACUCUGACUUCAAAUGAUCUUCCAACCACAAUUUUGAGGUAACGUAUAUUUCUGACCUAAUUUGUUCAGCAUCGUUCAGUAUAAAUUUAACGUAAGAUCCAAUUUUAUACACUAAGAAAAUCGUAAGAUAUAUAAUCAUUAAACUAAUCAAUGUUAAUCAAAUGC